CUUGUUGUUUUUGCUUCGCCGAUGGUUCUAGCCACCGAUACAGAUCCGAUUCCAGAAAACAGAGCCCAAAUCCCGCAAUGGUUCAAGGCCAACGUUAAACCAUAUUCCCAGAGAAAGGGCACGCUAGACCCCGCCCUCGAAGCUGCUGAAGCAGCGCGACAAAUUAUCACCGUGAAUCAAAAAGGAGGCGCUAAUUUCAAGACGAUAAAUGAAGCUAUCCAGAGCAUUCCAACAGGAAACAAGAACCGUGUGAUUAUCAAGUUGGCUCCUGGUGUCUACAAUGAGAAGGUCACGAUCGACAUAGCUCGACCAUUCGUUACAUUGCUAGGUCAACCUGGUGCAGAAACGGUCUUGACUUACCAUGGGACAGCCGCUAAGUACGGAACCGUAGAGAGUGCAACUCUUAUCGUCUGGGCCGAGUAUUUCUUGGCAGCUCACCUCACCAUUAAAAAUACUGCUCCAAUGCCGAAACCAGGUUCACAAGGACAAGCUCUAGCUAUGAGGAUCAACGCUGAUAAGGCAGCUUUCUAUAGCUGUAGAUUCCAUGGUUUUCAAGAUACUCUAUGUGACGACAAAGGCAACCACUUUUUCAAGGAUUGUUACAUUGAAGGAACCUAUGAUUUUAUCUUCGGAAGAGGAGCUUCCUUGUACUUGAACACGCAAUUGCACGCUGUUGGAGAUGGAUUAAGAGUGAUCACAGCACAAGGUAGACAAAGUCCAACCGAACAAAACGGAUACUCCUUCGUGCAUUGCAAAGUCACUGGAACCGGAACCGGAAUCUAUUUGGGCAGGUCUUGGAUGAGUCACCCUAAAGUCGUCUAUGCUUUCACAGAGAUGACCAGCGUGGUCAACCCAUCUGGCUGGAGGGAGAACCUCAACCGCAAAUAUGACAAGACGGUUUUCUAUGGAGAAUACAAGUGUUUCGGACCAGGGUCACACUUAGAGAAGAGAGUGCCUUACACACAAGAUAUUGACGAAAAAGAAGUUAGGCCUUUCAUCAGUCUUGCUGCAACGAACAGAAACUUCCGUCAUGCAUCUCGAAUUCUGGGUUUGGAUUCGAAGAUCGAGAGAAGUCUUAUGAUCCCAUUUAGAGAAAUCAAGGUUGAGUGUACGAUACCUAAAGACGAUGGAACUCUUGUUUCAUACAUCGGAUUUAGGGUUCAACAUGACAAUGCUCGUGGACCCAUGAAAGGUGGAAUUAGAUAUCAUCCUGAGGUUGAUCCUGAUGAAGUGAACGCACUAGCUCAGCUGAUGACUUGGAAAACUGCUGUAGCAGACAUUCCAUACGGUGGAGCUAAAGGUGGAAUUGGAUGUAGUCCUCGUGACUUGAGUUUGAGCGAGCUUGAGAGGUUGACUCGUGUCUUCACCCAGAAGAUUCAUGAUCUUAUCGGUAUUCACACCGAUGUGCCUGCUCCUGACAUGGGCACUAACGCUCAAACUAUGGCUUGGAUUCUUGAUGAGUACUCCAAGUUUCAUGGUCAUUCCCCUGCUGUUGUCACUGGAAAGCCCAUUGAUCUUGGUGGUUCAUUAGGUAGGGAAGCUGCCACAGGACGAGGUGUAGUCUUUGCCACCGAAGCUCUUCUUGCUGAGUACGGGAAAUCGAUUCAGGGUUUGACAUUUGUUAUUCAGGGUUUUGGGAAUGUUGGAACAUGGGCUGCCAAGCUGAUCCACGAGAAAGGUGGAAAAGUGGUUGCAGUAAGCGACAUUACUGGUGCAAUCAGGAACCCUGAAGGUAUAGACAUCAACGCUCUCAUAAAACACAAAGACGCAACUGGAAGUCUCAAUGAUUUCAAUGGUGGAGACGCUAUGAAUUCAGACGAACUGCUCAUUCAUGAGUGUGAUGUUCUCAUCCCCUGCGCUCUUGGCGGUGUCCUGAACAAGGAAAAUGCUGGAGAUGUCAAGGCAAAGUUUAUAGUAGAGGCAGCUAACCAUCCAACUGAUCCAGAUGCUGAUGAGAUUCUGUCGAAGAAAGGAGUGAUUAUACUUCCAGAUAUAUAUGCAAACGCAGGAGGAGUGACUGUGAGUUACUUCGAGUGGGUGCAGAACAUUCAAGGGUUCAUGUGGGAAGAGGAAAAAGUGAACUUGGAGCUGCAAAAGUACAUGACUCGAGCCUUUCACAACAUCAAGACAAUGUGCCAUACUCAUUCCUGCAACCUCCGUAUGGGAGCUUUCACUCUUGGAGUUAACCGAGUCGCUCGAGCCACCCAGUUGCGUGGUUGGGAAGCUUAAUUCAGCUGAAUCCCCCUUAUACUCUGUUUCUUACUCUGUUUACCGUUUUUUUGUUUUGUUUCAUUUUUACUGAAAAAUCAUUGAGCUUCCGAAAUGGAAAAGGAAACAAAUGGAUUGAAUAAACUAACAAAUUGGAAUAAAAGAUAUGAUUGGAU